AUGGGCCCGGAUUCGGACGAAAAUGAAGUCGACUGGAGUGACCCCAAUACCAUGAGGCAGCUGACAGGCAUGGACGUUCCCGCCAAGCCCCCUGCCCAGGUUCAGCGCGAGGCCGAAAGUCUGGCGCAAAGGACCCUGGCCCACUACACAACUCUCGGCGCCAUACUCGACCGCCACGAGGCCAGCAUCCAAAAGCGCUGGGCCAAGCGCACGGAAAAUACACGCCUCAAGGUGCUACUGGACUUGUGGCCCGGCAUGCCGGCCACCCACCGGCCAGACUUUGAUGCUUUUCGGAAGAGGUUGUCUGAUCCAGGGCCCUACAUGUGGCCCCAGGUCAACCAGGAGGACUUGUGCAAGCCCAGGAACCUGUCGCUCCUCCUCAACUCGCGGGGUCGGCAUCACCCAUCCAACUUUGCCGCGGCAGACGGCGACGCAAUGCACAUUGGAAUGGUGACCAUGAAUUUGACGCCGAUUUUCCUCAACGAGUACGUCAUGGUCCUCAACGGUGUCGCCACCGACGACUCGGGCUUCAAGUAUGGGCAGCUCUUGAGCUGGGACGAUCACGAAGACGCCUUUGACUGGAUGAACACGCACACGCAAUUCCUACCCGGCGAAGGUCUGCUCAUCCUGGAAGCUCAGGAACGCCUCCUCAGCUUCCUAGUCGCCUUCUGCAAGACCAUGCUGCACGAUGUUCCCACAGCAUCACUCACCACAGGACCGAUCGAGCCAGAGCCGAGCAUCCAAACGGAGUUGGAGCUUAAUGGCUUUGACAAUCUGGCCGUCAUGGCCGCCGAGGGCCCUUACCGCGUGCCUGCCAAUCUCGACAUGGACCGCAUGUGCGCCCUGCUGGCCGCUCGCGUCUCGGCCGCCGAGGACGAUAUAUGGGCACUUCGCGAGGACCCGGGCUACUUUGCCGAGUAUGUCACCGAGAUUCUGGAGCACAGGCAGGAGAUGGUCAGAGACACGGGCGGCGCCUCGCAUCCUGUCGUGCGGCCGGGCCAGGACGACAUCUUCUGGGGCCGCGUUAUUGGAAACGCCGUGCUUGAAAGCCAUCUUGUGCUGGAGACGUACACGGAGCUCCUGCGGCAGGCGCGCGCGCUCAAGGUGCUUCAUGCCGAGCACGCCGCUAGGAUUUCCCCGAGGGAGCCCCUGCCCAAGGACUUCCUCGACGCGCUGCUCACCUUCCAACACUACCUCAACCAGGUGGCCAAAGGCCCUAUGGGGCAGCUCAAGGUCAAGGUGGUGGCCUCGCCGCCACUCCGGCGCUUAUUCGCACGCCUGCCCGCCGAAAACCUUACCAAUGUCAAAAUCAUAUCGAAACCAGGUGUUAGACGCACCGCCGUGGAAGGGCAGCUGAUGUGGCUCCUGACUACCAUCUGGGAAGGCGGUACACAGCUCUCCUUGUGCCGGCUAACGUCGGCCGUGGACGAACUCGAGCGGCUGAUGCAAGCCCAGUCUGAAGCUGACCGGCUCGUUUCCAACCACGUCCGCCGUGUCAUACACGACCUGUCCAUCGUAUCGCAGUGCCUUCGCCAGCUCGAAAUGUACCAGCCCUGGGCCAGCACUUUUGAGAACGCCAUGGUGGACCGCGAGAAAGCCAUCCAAAAGGAGUUUGCAGAGCACACCGCGUCGUGGGCUGCCAUCAUCAACUCGAUCGAUCAGGAGCAGCUCAUCCGGAAAGGGGUUGUGGCGCUCGGCAGGAUCGAGCCGGGCAAGUUUACCUACCCCGUCGACAAGCGGCGCACCAAGGGCAACGUCGAGGCGAUGCGCCGGGCCGAGGAGCGUCUGGACGCCUUUUGGGAGGCCAUGGACCGUGCCAUGCAUAAAAGGGCUGGCAACCUCGAGGGGACGGCUCUCAAGGCGUUGUUGCUCUCGCAGUCGCGCACACUCCAACGCACUCCCGCGUGGGUGGAGCCGGCGGCUGCAGCUGGUCGCAAGAAGAAUAAAGACGGCGGUGUUGCCGCCGACGACUUGGAGGAGCUGUACAAGCCGCUGUCCACGCUGUACUUUGGCCUUUCGAGCAAACAGGACACGUCCGUUUCUGCUACCCCCAAGACCAAGACGAAGACCAAGGGGACCGCGAACAUGUCCUCCGCGGGGGCAGAUCAGCGGGAGGAACAAACGCAGGAACAAGCUGAACCGCAGCCCACCUUUGCGGUCAACGCGCGGGCGCUCAAGGUGUUUCGCACGCUCUUCUUCACGCCCGACGCGUCCUCGACCCCGGGCGAGGUUCUAUGGACCGACUUCCUGCACGCCAUGGUCUCGGUCGGGUUCCAGGCCCAAAAGCUGGGCGGGUCCGUGUGGCAGUUCCGGCCGACGCAGUUGGAGGCGGAGCGGGCCAUCCAGCUUCAUGAGCCGCACCCGAACCCAAAGAUUCGCUUCAGGCAGGCGCGCCUCUACGGGCGGAGGCUGGAGCGGGCGUAUGGGUGGAACGGGGGGAUGUUUGUGCUCAAGGGCUGA